UCCACCAGGACCGUUGUGAGGUGAUGCACACAAUCGUCCCUCGUUCCUCGUUCGUCUUGCUCUCUUAUACCAUCCCAUAACCAUGUCCCGCCCUACUACCAUCUUCGCCGGCCUUCUGGUCUCGGGAGCGAUUCUUUACCACUUCAGGGCAGAGCUCUCAUCGGACAUGCAUCAAGUCAGGAACCAGUUGACCGACGUCCAGAACCGUCUCACCGGAUCUGUCCCCGGCAGCAAGAUCAGCAACGCCCUCACAUCACAUCCUACUGCUUCGAUCCUCGACAAGCCCAAGGAGCUCCUUGACGAGUCGACAACGUACAUCCAGAGCCGGAUCUUGCCCUCGGUCAAGGAUACCUGGAACUCGCAUGUGAUCGGUCUGGCCACGAACAUCAACGAACUCGAUGCGGAGAAGAUUCAAAAGAAGGUCAAGGAGGUCAAGGACAAAUGGCUGUAAAAAAAAAAAAAAAAAAAAAAAACAGUAAUCGACAAAUAGCGCACCUGAAUAACAGUUGCAGGACUAUCUUCAGCAUGCUCUGGACAAAGUGAAAAAUCGAAGAGACGAUAAUGGCUUUCUCGGGAGUUAUGGAUUGCAAGUUUUUUUUUUCUUUCUUUUGGACGCGACUUUAGGAGCGAGCAGUCUCCACUUUUUUUUUUUUACUUUUUACAUAAUAAUCUUGACAGAUUGGCAAUAAAACAUAUUAGAACAAAGA